GCAGGGGGAGGAAAAAAAACCGAGCGGGGCGGGAACUAUUUCCUCUCGCGAGAGCUGGCGACGGCUGUAGCGGCGGCGGUAGCGGCGGCGGUGGCGGCGGCGGCGUGUCCGUAAAGGGUAGCGUGGGGGCGGGGAGGAGAGGCGGCGGCGGCGUCCGAGCUACGCCACGCAGGGUUUGGGCGUUGAGAGCCGGAGUGCAGAGCGGGGUCGUGGCGGCGGCGGAGAGGACACUGUGGAGGAGGAGGGGGUGCCAUGGCCGGGCAGCAGUUCCAGUACGAUGACAGUGGGAACACCUUCUUCUACUUCCUCACCUCCUUCGUGGGGCUCAUCGUGAUCCCGGCCACAUACUACCUCUGGCCCCGAGACCAGAAUGCUGAGCAAAUUCGAUUAAAGAAUAUCAGAAAAGUAUAUGGAAGAUGUAUGUGGUAUCGUUUACGGUUAUUAAAACCCCAGCCAAAUAUUAUUCCUACAGUAAAGAAAAUAGUUCUGCUUGCAGGAUGGGCGUUGUUCUUAUUCCUUGCGUACAAGGUUUCCAAAACAGACCGAGAAUAUCAAGAAUACAAUCCUUACGAAGUAUUAAAUUUGGAUCCUGGGGCAACAGUAGCAGAAAUUAAGAAACAGUAUCGUUUGCUGUCACUUAAAUAUCAUCCAGAUAAAGGAGGUGAUGAAGUUAUGUUCAUGAGAAUAGCCAAAGCUUAUGCAGCUUUAACUGAUGAAGAGUCCCGGAAAAAUUGGGAAGAAUUUGGAAAUCCAGAUGGGCCUCAAGCCACAAGCUUUGGAAUUGCCCUGCCAGCAUGGAUAGUUGACCAGAAAAACUCAAUUUUGGUUUUACUUGUGUAUGGAUUGGCAUUUAUGGUUAUCCUUCCAGUUGUUGUGGGAUCUUGGUGGUAUCGUUCAAUACGCUAUAGUGGAGACCAGAUUCUAAUACGCACAACACAGAUUUACACAUACUUUGUUUAUAAAACCCGAAAUAUGGAUAUGAAACGUCUCAUCAUGGUUUUGGCUGGAGCUUCUGAAUUUGAUCCUCAGUAUAAUAAAGAUGCCACAAGCAGACCAACAGAUAAUAUUCUAAUACCACAGCUAAUCAGAGAAAUUGGCAGCAUUAAUUUAAAGAAGAAUGAGCCUCCACUUACCUGCCCAUAUAGCCUGAAGGCCAGAGUUCUUUUACUAUCUCAUCUUGCUAGAAUGAAAAUUCCUGAGACCCUUGAAGAAGAUCAGCAAUUUAUGCUGAAAAAAUGCCCUGCCUUACUUCAAGAAAUGGUUAAUGUAAUCUGCCAACUAAUAAUAAUGGCCCGGAGCCGUGAAGAAAGGGAGUUUCGUGCUCCAACUUUGGCAUCCCUAGAAAACUGCAUGAAGCUUUCCCAGAUGGCUGUUCAAGGACUUCAGCAGUUUAAGUCUCCCCUUCUGCAGCUCCCUCAUAUUGAAGAGGACAAUCUUAGAAGGGUUUCUAACCAUAAAAAGUACAAAAUUAAAACUAUCCAGGAUUUGGUGAGUUUAAAAGAAGCAGAUCGUCACAGUCUAUUGCACUUCCUUGAAGAUGAAAAAUAUGAAGAGGUUAUGGCUGUCCUUGGGAGUUUUCCAUAUGUAACCAUGGAUAUAAAAUCACAGGUGUUGGAUGAUGAAGAUAGCAACAACAUCACAGUAGGAUCCCUAGUUACAGUGUUGGUUAAGCUCACAAGGCAAACAAUGGCAGAAGUAUUUGAAAAGGAACAGUCCAUUUGCGCUGCAGAGGAACAGCCAGCAGAAGAUGGGCAGGGUGAGACUAACAAGAACAGGGUAAAAGGAGGAUGGCAGCAGAAGAGUAAAGCACCCAAGAAAGCUGCUAAAGAAGCUGCAGUAAAGGAAGAUGAAGAAGAAAUUUCUGAUAAAGGCAGCGAUUCUGAGGAAGAAGAAACCAAUAGAGAUUCCCAGAGUGAAAAAGAUGAUGGUAGUGACAGAGAAUCUGAUAGAGAGCAAGAUGAAAAACAAAACAAAGAUGAUGAAGCAGAGUGGCAAGAAUUACAACAAAGUAUUCAGAGAAAGGAGAGAGCUCUGUUGGAAACCAAAUCAAAGAUAACACAUCCUGUGUAUAGUCUUUACUUUCCUGAGGAAAAGCAGGAAUGGUGGUGGCUUUAUAUUGCAGAUAGGAAGGAGCAGACACUAAUAUCUAUGCCAUAUCAUGUGUGUACACUAAAAGAUACAGAAGAGGUAGAACUGAAGUUUCCUGCACCAGGCAAGCCUGGAAAUUAUCAGUAUACGGUGUUUCUGAGAUCAGACUCUUAUAUGGGUUUGGAUCAGAUUAAACCAUUGAAGUUGGAAGUUCAUGAGGCUAAGCCUGUGCCAGAAAAUCACCCACAGUGGGACACAGCAAUAGAGGGGGAUGAAGACCAGGAGGACAGUGAGGGCUUUGAAGAUAGCUUUGAGGAAGAAGAAGAGGAAGAGGAAGAUGAUGACUAAGCAGUUCUCUGAACGGACCACAGUCUCUGCACAUCUUUGUAAAAUGUUGCUGUUUUGGAAGUGUAUAAUAAACCAGAAACAGGACAGAAGUGAUGUUGAGGGAGGGAGGUCUUAGUUUCUUUACUCUAGAAGUCUGUGCAUAAUAAAACUAGGCAGCGGUGGAGCCUUGGUACAAUCUGAAAAUGCUCAAGGCUUAUUGGAGCCUGUCAAGUAUGGGAUGGUGCAUUUAUUUCAUCUGCAAAUGAUAAUAAAUCCUUUGUUAUUAUAACUGUCCAUAAGUGUGGGCUAUGUAUUAUCUGAUCAAUGUAUGGUCCAGGUAAAAGUAAAGGUACAUGAAAAUCUAUCAAUGAGCAACUUUUCUUCAUUCAGCUUUAGUUUCAGUAAACAUUAAUGUAUGAUAAACACCACAAAUGUUUUAAGUAACAUCUGCCAAGUUUAUAAUCUCUUGAUAAGCUCUGUUAUUCACUUAUUGACAUUUUACAGUGAUAAAAACUAUAGCAGCUCCAUUUAUAGAUUUAAACCUUUCAUUUUUACCUAUCUUGGUCAUUAGUUGGCGUUUCUUCACAUUCCACAUAAUAUAGAGGGCUACAAUUCAGACUUUUCCUUUUCGUAAUUGCUCACAGUUAUCAGACAGAUUAUGGAAAUAGCUUUUAAUGGCUUAAUAAAUUUAAGCCUCUGUCUUAGCAGAUCAAUGCAGGAUCUGAUUCUUUUCAUAAGCUGAUAGGUCUGAAAGUGAUUGUGGGACCAGAUAUUCUCUGAUAUUGGUGGCUUAUGUUAUUAAAUCAUUUUUUUAAAGUUCACUGUAAAAGCUGAACUACAUUCUUAGCUUUUAAUCUACCUGACUUUAUCAGAAGCCUUCAAGGAAAGUAAAUAUAACCCGCAAAGGAGGCUUUUUUGUAUUCGUUUUGGACUCCUGUCAAUAAAAUAGAAGUUUGGCUUAUUUUACGUUUUCAGUGGUGUGUGUCUUUUUACUCCCAGAGAAAGAACAUAAAUAGGGUAAUCCAUUCAUUUAUUUUUCAACUAAAAAUCUAAUAUUGUACAUUACUGCUGAAGCAAUUGCUGUUUCUGUGUGCUGUAGAAAAAUCCAGGAGCAGGAGGGGUUUCCCCUCACAUUAGAACAGCUGUGGAAGGACCGUGCUUAUAAAGAGCAGACGUGUGCACAUGUUGAAUCAUUGAGGUGAGGUGAAUAUUUUUAUUACAAUGGAGGAAGCAAAAGUAUAGUAUUAUGAGUCUGAUUGUAUCUAUCAAAAUCUUCAUAGGCCAAAGUACUGUUGGAAUACGAAUUUGUGACCUUGUCUACUUUAAAGGUUACUACUUUCAAUGCAGAAUUACCACUGGUAUUUUGUUACUGCAGAAGUUGGAAAUAAAAUUUGAAGAUUACCAAAAACAUGAAUGACUUUUUUGGUUAAAUUUAGGUUGUAAUAUUUCCUGUGAAAUGAUCAAAGCAGGUUUUUCACUGGAGCCUUGAUCGCCAGUUUAGUGAGACUUUGGCAGGGAGGACACUCUGCCUCUGAGGAUUUGUUUUUGUUUCAUUUUAUAAGUAAGAAGGUUGGGUUUACUUUUCAAAUCAGGUCUUGCUGUGAAGUGCCAGCCUGGGGGAGGCAGCUCCUGAUCACCUAAGUGUUGUGGCAGGGAGUGAGCCGGCUUAUGUCAGGGGAAAGGAGAGAAGAGAGAAAACGUGUGUGGCGUCAAGUCAAGGAAAGUGAGCAAACCAAACACAAUGUGUAGUAGACACAUUUCCUAAUUUCUUGAAAGAUACUUUUCAGGAAAAGUAUUUCUUUUCUAGUGGCUAUUUUGCUUUUAAAGAGUCUGUACUAGUUCAUUCAAACAGCUAGCUGCUUUGUGGUUUUAAGACUGGAGUGGAUGAUAUCACAACCUAAUAACUCACCACAGUGCUUAAAAAACAGCAUCACCUCAACUUAGAAAACUCCACCAAUCUGUUUUUCAUUGCCCUUUGUGUGAUGUGUAUAUUCUUCCCAAGUAAAUAAAAUAAAGUUUCCUCCACUGAGUACUUUAGGUAACCUCUUUCCAUACUGCAAUAGUGAAGGAACUGAACUUUCAAUAUGUGGUUCUCUCUCCUGCAAGUCACUGAAUUCCACAUCCCUUCUUUCUUUUUCUGGAAUAGGAUUAAUAAUUUAUCCUAGUUUGCAUUUAAUCUGAUUAAAUCUGAAAUUUCAAUUUUCUUUCUAUCAAGAAAUAGUGACAUUUUGUCAAUAAUUGAGCAUAGCGUGUAUACAAAGUGAAAUUGGUUAUUUAUGAAAGUUACUUAAGUUGUGUAAUAUUUUUACCUAAAUUGGUAAAGUUCCCAUUUAAACAAAUAUAACCUUCCAGGAGGAAACUUAGUUGCCACAAUUCAAAGUAUAGCAAUUGUGAAUCUUAAUGUUCUAAAAAUUGAUUGAGGCCCAGAGGUGUUUUCCAUGUGGAUAUCUCAGUCUCAAAGUUAGAUGUUCAUUUUCUUUAAAUUUUUUUAGUUUUUAUGAAUUUUUUUUUUUAAUUUAAGGAACCCAUUGUAUGGAACAAUACCUGUUACUGUGCUCUGUUUUGCUCUUCCCAGCUUGCACUGACGGGUGGAGAAGGAUGAGCUGUCUAGCUGUUCUGCUCCACUGUGUGCUAGAAGCUCAGGCCCUAGGGGAAGCAGAGAGGUAUUGGUGUCAAACAACUGAUGUGGAACCGGGUAGGGAGUGUUGAGGAAUAGACUGAGCCUCUCCCGACAUGUUAUUCAUAACCACACUUAGACCACGCACUGGAGUGUUCUGUAGUAACAGUUCUUACUUCAAGUGUAAUUCAGAGCCUUACAUAAUUUUCAGUAGGUUGUUCAUCAUUAUCACAUAGUGAGUUUCUGUGUGCCCAGCUCUGUGAUUGGAUACUGGGGCUAUCAAAAAAACGUUACGAACUCACUGGUACUUAGGCAGAUGUGUGCAAUUCAUUUUAAUCCAUUUGCCUUGGCCAUUGUUUGGAAUGCCCUUUUUGUAAGUCUUGUAGGCAGAAGAAUUAUUUUUCUUAGGGUCUAACUAUUAAUUUGUUGGCUUAAAAAAAUGGGCAAAUCCUGAGCCUUUGUUUUUAAAUGUUUCUUUAAAGCAUUUUCCUCCAAAAUACUCUGAUUCAGCUCCAUGAAACCCCCAAGUCUGCCUUAAAGUGAAAUAUCUAUCAGUGAACCAUAACAUGGCAUUUUACCCACUGGGUAGUGAGUAACCAAAUAUGCCUCAAGAAGUGAGCUCCGUGCGUCUUCAUCCAUUUAAACUUGAUGCUAGGGCUAUUUUGCAAAACUUAAAAAGAAAAUGUGAUCUUGUACAUUUUUCUGUAACCUGAGCUAAAAACCCAAAUAACAGCAAUCAUUGGCAUGCUUUAGGGCUGUUGUUUCAGGUGGAAGUGUAUACAUCCUGGGGGUAUGCAGAUGAUCAAUCCAUUGAGAAAGUGUUAAAAUGAUUAUUUGUAUUUAAUCUCAUCCUUUUAAAUUUCUAUUUUUGUGUGUUUUAUAAUGUACAUAAUAUAUUGUACAAUUGUACACUUCUAUAAUUUAUAAAUAAAUAAUAACAUUUAUUGGUGCAUUA